CAGUGCUGUACUCUUACCCUUCUCUCCUUCCUCGAGAUCUCGUGGUCAACGCACCUUGUCGCUGCCGCUAUGGACGCUGCAACUUGGUUGCCCUUUCCACAAUGCCUCGCAAACGCGGUGGUAACAGGGCCAGAGCUCACAAGCUCGAAGCCCCCCUGGAUGUCGAACCCUAUGGGACGAACAUGGCAGAUGUUGCCUCUCAGCCCUUGGGCAUCCAACCCUCCGCAUUGGCAAUUCCCACCUCGACGGUCUCACCGUGCCAUGACCUCGCUCAGAAUACGCUGCCCAACCUUGCAUUGUUCCAGGAUAGUGGUCUUGGAUUCUCUUCCGCCGACAUUGGCCUGGAAGAAACCAACAGUCUCCCUACGUCCUUUUCCUCGACCGAUCAUUCCAUCAAACGAUCCCAUGGCUCGCCUGACACAGUUCACACGGCGCCAUCAGAAUUCCAAUCUUUCGUCAAGACCGCCAGCACAUCGGAUGACGGCGAAAAAUCCAAGUUGGGCUCUGUAGAUGGCUCUGCAAAGCGGCGCAAGACCCCCAAAGUCGCCUCGUCGACCGUCCCGCUGCUUUGUUCUGCUUGCCCCGGUCAACCGCAGUUCUCCGACCUCUCCCACCUUCUCACCCAUCUGGGUUCCCGUGGGCAUACCAAGUGCGAAUUCGAUGCACGAGUGAAAGCUUCCACCCAAACGGACCCCGCUGCAAUGAAGGCUAUGGUGGAGUACGAUCUCUGGUUCAAGGAAAACAACAUCAGCAAGAUGCUCGCCAACCGCAUGAACGACAAGGAGAAGAAGAAACAGGAGAGAGAGGAGGGAGAGGUCGCCAAACGUAAAAAGGGCCCCAACCCAUCAACGUCGUCGAAGAAGAGAAAAACAAAUGAAGGCGAGGUCAAGAGGGAGCCCCGAGAAAAUGCUGCCAUUAGGCCAGCCCCUGUUGGGGAACAGUUCGACUUCCACGGACAUGGCUUCGAUUUCACCGGAAAUCCCAACAACAGCGGCUCCUUCGACUUCGACUCCGGCAGCUUUUCUCUGCAACCAAUGCCCUAUUUCGAGAAUGACCCUGCCCUCGAGAACGCACGCUCGCCGGGUAUCAGCUUCCUCUCGGACAACGAGUCGGAACACGGAAACGAACGAAUGAAGCUGAAAGGGGUAUACUGGCCCGGAAUGGACAUGUUCGACUCGGCCACUCCGGAGAACAAGAAGAAGCGCAACCAGCGCAAAGACAGCUCUGUUGUGGCCAGGAUGAUGCGUGAAUCAUCGGCUAUCCAGCCUACCUUGAUGGUCUGUGACAGGAACAUGACCAUCGAACGGACCCGUGAUAUAUAUGAUAGCGCUACCGAGGAGGAAGUGAUGCCGAAACAACCGAAAGCGAAGAGGGCGAGAACCACAGCAUCCAAGCCCGCCAUCAAAAAGGAAGGAUCUGUCGAUACACCCAAGUCAGCUUCUCGAACUCGGAAGAGACAGGCAUCUUCUGCUGGACAGGCUCAGGUUCAUGGGGUUACGGAGGCAAGGGUGAAGCGUGGUAGCGCCGCGCUGGCCAUAACUAAGAUUGCCGAACAAGCACAAAAUGACUUCGACGCAGAUCUCGAGGACAACCUCGAGGAGGAGAGCGACCGCGACAAUGACUUCUCUUCUAGGACCAGAAACAGGGCCAGACCCGGUCGGCCCUCCAGAAUGACCCAACAGUGGCCCCUCGACUUGUCUCGGACCAACUCCUCCCAGUCGUACCAUGGUUCGCGCUCGACCACUGCGGGACUAGAUGGUUUCCGUGAAGAUGAAGGGGACUCUGGAGUCUCGCAAUUGAAAAUUGAGGGCCAAACUGAGUCAAGGUCGGAUAUUACCGACCACUACAUGCUUUGUUCUGAUACGGUAUAUUGAUUGUCCCUGUUAUAGAUUCCGCGGUCGUCAUCGUCUCCCCCUCCAGUCCCUCUCCCUCAAUUCGAAUACGAACGCGCGCUCGGAUUUCUCGUCCCCAACCCCCUCAAACAAAAAAUAUCCGCAGCGUAUGUUUGGAGGAAAGGAGAAUAACCAUGUGAUAUCCCAGGGCAUAACCUCUCAGCAUCAGCAAAAUGCA